UCCUUCGAGUCUCCGUAGCCGGUGCCGGUGCUGACAAUCAUGACCGAUGUGCGGCUGGAACGGCAGCUCCGGUAUUAUUUCAGCGACAAGAACCUCUGGAAAGAUGAAUGGCUGAUGAAUCAAUUGGGAGAUGAUGGAACUGGCUUCAUUCCCGCAGACAUCAUUGCCGGCUUCAAUCGAGUUCAGCAGAUCACUUCCGACGUGGACUUGAUCGUCCAGAGCCUGAAGCACAUUAGCGAUCUGGAGGUCAAGGAGGAGAACGGCAAGGUGCAGGUGCGGCGCGUGGAGCCGCUGCCCCCUCGCCCUGUGAAGCCGGACAGCGAGCUGGGGUCAGUGGAGGCCCCGUUGGAGGAGGAGCUGCAGGUGGCCUCCACGGCGGUGCCGGACGAGCCCUGCCACGAGAUGGGCCAGCUGCUGCCGGGCUUCCGGGAGGUGCCUAAGACCGGGGUGAUCUUCGUCAUGGACGAAGCCUCCAAGGCGGGCUACUCCGGAGCCUCCGCCGCGGAGUGGGCGAACCUGGGCCAAGGCAGCCCGGAGACCACCAAGGCGAAGCACUGGCCCACGAACAUUCGGAAGAGGCUCACGGAGUUGGUGGAGAAGGGGAAGCUCACCUCCGAGCUGGGCCCCUUCCACCUGAAGACCUUCGAGGUCAAUGAGGAGAACCUGCACUAUGGCAGCCCCAACGGCGAUUGGGCACUGCGGCGGGCAGUGGCCAAGUUCUACAACGAGAUCUAUCGCAAGGGCAAGACUUCGCUGUACACCGCGGAGAAUGUGGCGAUUGUGGGCGGCGGACGGCUGGCGCUCACUCGGCUGUGCUGUGCUAUGGACAACGUCAACCUGGGACAUUUCCUUCCGGACUACACGGCCUAUGCGGAGCUGCUGAGCCAGUUCAAGACGAUCAACUCCAUUCCGAUCCCCCUGGAUCAACGGAACAACUUCCGGAUCACCUUGCAGGAGCUGCGGCGGGAGAUCGUGGGCCGGGGUCUGUCGGUGCUGCUGGCCUCCAACCCCUGCAACCCUACCGGGCAGCUCGUGGAGGGCGAGGAGCUCAAGAACUGGGUGCGCAUUGCCCGGGAGACCCAGUGCUCGCUGGUGCUGGAUGAGAUCUACAGCCGGUACAUCUACACCCAGCGGAUGUCCCCCACGGACGCCACGUGGCGAACGGUCUCUGCAGCUCAAUUUGUGGAGGAUGUGAACAAGGACCCGGUGAUCCUUUUGGACGGCCUCACAAAGUGCUGGCGGAUGCCGGGGCUGCGGAUCUGUUGGAUCGUGGCGCCCAAGGCGGUGAUCGAUGCCGUGGGCGCCGCCGGGUCCUUCCUGGACGGAGGCCCUUCGCUGCCGACGCAGCGCUCCUGCGUGCCGCUGCUGAAUCCCAAGGAUGUGAUUGAGCAGACCAUCAUGCUGCAGGUCCUCUUCAGCCACAAGAGGGACUUUCUUCUUCGACGGCUACAGGACAUGGGAAUCACCGUGGAGACUCCGCCCCAGGGCACCUUCUACUGCUGGUGUGACAUCUCCCGGCUGCCGCCGCCGCUGAACAACUGCUGGGGGUUCUUCCGCGAGAUGCUGAAAGAGAAGGUGAUUGUGACCCCGGGCGUGUUCUUCGAUGUGAAUCCAGGGAGCCGAAGGAAGUUCAAUAGCUACGACUCCUUCGUGCGAAUCUCCUACGGCCCCAGCUUCAAGGAGGUCCAGCGGGGCUUGGACGGGAUGCAGCGGGUGAUCGAACGCCGGAAGAGGCUGCAGGAGGAAGACGGCAGCGUUCGCUGGGCCGCGUGAGCGUUGUGCGAAUUUCGAUUUGCGCUGGCUGUGCAGCCGGGGCAUGUAUUUGAAAAUCAUGAAUAUGAUGUGCUACCUUUUUGAUG